GGUGCCAGUGAUGCAACGGAUAAAUACCUUUUGGGAAAACUGAAAAUGAAAGAAACCAACUGGCUUGGGAUCUGCGAGACUAAACCAGAGAGUUUCAUUGUUAUUUGCAAACCACCCCAGAGUUCAUCAUGUCAGCUCAAAGCCUCUGUAUCUUUUGUUGAACCAUUUUCCUCUCAUUUUGAAAACAUACCAAGAGAACUGGUUGAUGUUGUUCUGGAGGAACUGGAGCUUUGUGGAACGUUGCUGGAAGCCAGGCCUGGAGAAUGCUUUGUGGUCCGUCACCACCAUCAUCACAUGAACCCAGGCACUCCUAUGAAAAACAAGAAAAACUCCUUGGAAGCAAACUUCUGUGAUAACUGCUGCAUCAGAGAUGCUCCCGAGGCCGGUGGCCUCGCCAACUGCUGCCUUACCCAAACGACGAGCGAAGCCAAACUCCGUUCCAGAAGCAUUGCUGAGUCUCCGGCUAGUCCUAAAGUUUUGCUUGUUCUGUAUGCUACUGAUAACAUUCUGCAGAAGAACAGUGACAUCAUUUGGAGGGGCUGGGAUGAUGAAAGCUGUAAGAAAUAGUCAGCUCUGGUUGAGGAACUAUUCGUGCUACAGCGGGCGACAGCUCCUGGGAUCGCCUGCCCACUGCUUUUCCUCCGUGGGUUUCUGAAACUCACGUCAGACUUGGUAAAACUGGCUCAAGGGCUGAGCUGCACAGUAUUUCAGCAAGCUGAUAAUUUGAACGUUUCUCUAGAAAGUUGCUACAGUGGAGACUACGGCUGUUUCCCAGGAGAACAGGAGGCUGCAAACUUAUUCCUGUUAAGUAAAGACAUUAUUAUUGGACCUUAUAUCCUGAAAAUAACGCCAAAGUGCUCCUUCAGCCACCCAUCAGAUCUGGCGUGCCGUUUUAGUGCGCGUUACCUCCAGGGGGAACGGUCACUGAAAUACAUCCUGCUAAAGCUGGCCCUUCUGCGACGUGAAGGAACACCAGAACAAACCAUGAUUCUUUCCGACCUCCCUCAUGAGAGCUUUGUGGUACCAAAAGCCCAAGGUACAAAACUAACGCACCUUGGGUGGGUACAGCAGAGGACAGGCAAGGGUGUCGUGGCUGCUGAAUGCGGCCGGGUGACUACAGCAAACGGUGGACAAAGGUGUGCAGGAACUGGCGUGGCGCUCACUGGGGCUUCUCAGACCAUCACGGAUAGCGGGAUUACUGGAGCUCAGGGCUCUGGUGUUGAGCUGUAGGCAAGAAGCACAGCCAUCUUAGAGGGUUAGAAAAUUCAUCACUGCAAGAGCACCAGAACCAGCAAGACCUCAGCACAGCACAGCCAGGGGGGCAUUAAUGGUAAGGUGCUCCUGCACAGCAUAGCCUGGCUACGGAAAAGCCUUGAGAGCCACUUGUACCUGUGGGUAUCCCGUGUCGUCAUCCACCCCUGCGCCGGGUCACUUCCUGGCUGCUGGUCCGAGAGGUAG